AUGCAAUUUUGGUUAACUUCAGUAACCACAAUUUUAUCAUCCUUAUUGAUUUAUUACUACUUCAACAAUACCACACCUACUCAACCACAACCACAACCACAACCACAACAGUCACAACAGCCACAACAGCCACAACAGCCACCACUUUCAAAAAGCAAUAUGUCAACUAUUUCUAAAUACAUCAAACAUCAAGGAUCAAUCUUACCUUCUUAUUUCUUCUCCCACGGGGGACCUACAUUUAUGUACGAAAAUGAUUCAUUUGGUAAUAAAGGCGCUUGGAACAAAGUCAAAACCAUAGGACAUCAAAUCAAAGCAUUACCAGCUACCGAAAAACCCGAUUACAUCAUUGUAGUUAGUGCACAUUGGCAAAGUGAUGCGCCAAAUACAAUUGAAAUUGGUACAACUUGGGCUAAUGAUGGAAAUGGUGAAAAUUCAUUAGUUUAUGAUUUCCAUGGAUUUCCUAAACACAUGUAUGCUGAAGAAUUCCACUCGUAUAAUAAUGCAGCAGUAGCCAAGGCUAUUAAAUCGAAGUUGGCUGAAUCUGGCUUCAAGACUGAAUUAACUGAUCGUGGAAUUGAUCAUGGAGUAUGGGUGCCUUUUAAAGUAGCUUUUAGUGGGUACAAUACUUUAACUAAUCCACAACCUGAUUACAAAGAGAAACGAAAAUUGGAUUUACCUGACAUUUCCGUCAUACAAGUAUCAUUAACUUCAAACGAUAUUGAUUUCAAUAGUCACUUUAAAUUAGGUCAAGCACUCGAUUUCUUCCGUCAGAAUCAAAUUUGGGAUGAUGUUCAUCAAAAGUAUCUCAAAGGUAUGGUUAUAUGUUCCGGUAUGUCCGUUCAUAAUUUACGUGAUUUGGGAUUAUCAAUGCAAUACAUGCAACAAAACCCCACGGCAAAGGGAUUACCAUAUGUAAAACCAUUCAAUGAUUUAGUCAAACUGAUUGUUGAAACUGAUGAUUCAAAGAGCGGCAGCUCUUCUACUACUGUAAUAUCCCAAUUGAAUGAUUUGAAACGGGAUCCAUUGUUGAGAAAAGCACAUCCGACUUUGGAACAUUUUUUACCUUUAGUUGUUGCUUGUGGAAUCGCUAAUGAUGCAAAGCAAAAUGUUAAAGAGAUUUACAAUGAUGAAUUGGGUAGCUUAGGUUGGGGUAUUUAUCAAGUUGGUAACAACAUAGAGGCUAAGAUUUGA